CUUAAAAGACUUUCCAAUUCAGCUAUGGACAUCAAAAUAAAUUUUUAUUGAGUUAAAGACAUAAGAUUUAAAGGACAUUUAUGUGUAAAGGACUAUUAAGAAAUAUUAAUAAGGUGUUUAAGAAGCUCAAAGAGUUGAAAUAAAGUAAAAAGUGAUUGUUUUAUUGAUUGAAUCGUGCGGCAAUUUUCAACGAUUUGGGCGUAGCAUAUUCAGUCAUCGAAGAGAAGUAAAGCGAAAAACAUCAGGAAAGAGUUCGUGCAAAGAAGAAAAUUUUUGAAAAGUGAUUGAAGCACGAUGACAACAGAUAUUUCGAUUGUUCGCUGGGACCCCAGCCAAAAUAAUGGACAAGAUUAUAUAGAUGAAUACGAAUAUGAUGGAGGAAAUUCAAGCUCCCGACUUUUCGAACGAUCCCGUAUCAAGGCGUUAGCAGAGGAACGUGAAACUGUACAAAAGAAAACAUUCACGAAAUGGGUCAACUCUCAUCUUGUUCGCGUAAAUUGUCGCAUAAAUGAUCUUUAUGUUGACAUGCGUGAUGGUAAAAACCUCAUAAAACUACUAGAGAUCCUCUCCGGUGAACGAUUGCCAAAACCAACAAAGGGUAAAAUGCGUAUCCAUUGUUUGGAGAAUGUAGACAAAGCAUUGCAGUUCUUAAGAGAGCAGAGAGUACAUCUGGAAAAUAUUGGAUCACAUGACGUCACCGAUGGAAAUGCCGCACUUACAUUAGGUCUUAUAUGGACAAUCAUUUUAAGAUUCCAAAUUCAGGAUAUUACAAUCGAGGAAGUUGAUAACAGAGAAACAAAAUCAGCUAAAGAUGCAUUACUUUUGUGGUGUCAAAUGAAAACUGCCGGAUAUCCAAAUGUCAAUGUUCGCAAUUUCACAACAUCUUGGAGAGAUGGUUUAGCAUUCUGUGCUUUAAUUCACAAGCACCGCCCAGAUUUAAUUCCAUUUGAAAAAUUAAACAGAAAUAAUCCAAUUCAAAAUCUAAAUUUAGCAUUCGAUGUCGCUGAAAACAAAUUGGGUCUUACAAAAUUGCUUGAUGCAGAAGAUGUGGGGCUUGCAGAAUAUAUUGAUGAGAAAUCAAUCAUUACCUAUGUCGUCACAUAUUAUCACUACUUCAGUAAGAUGAAGCAAGAGACAGUCCAAGGAAAGCGUAUUGGAAAAGUAGUCGGAAUAGCUAUGGAAAUCGACCGAAUGAUUGCUGACUACGAGCAAUUCACAAGCGAUCUUCUGAAAUGGAUUGAAACAACAAUUGAAUCACUUGCAGAACGACAAUUUGCCAAUUCACUUGUCGGUGUUCAGCAGCAAUUGGGACAGUUUUCAAAUUAUCGUACUGUUGAAAAACCACCCAAAUUUGUCGAGAAAGGCAAUCUUGAGGUUCUUCUAUUUACAUUGCAGUCUAAAAUGCGUGCUAAUAAUCAGAAGCCAUAUACACCGAAAGAAGGAAAAAUGGUCUCCGAUAUUAAUAAAGCAUGGGAGCGCCUCGAAAAAGCUGAACAUGAGCGUGAACUUGCAUUGCGUGAAGAGUUAAUUCGUCAAGAAAAAUUGGAACAAUUGGCAGCUCGUUUUAACAGAAAAGCAUCUAUGCGUGAAACAUGGCUUUCAGAAAAUCAACGUCUUGUUAGUCAAGACAAUUUUGGUUUCGAUUUGGCUGCUGUUGAGGCUGCUGCUAAGAAGCAUGAAGCAAUUGAAACUGAUAUUUUUGCAUAUGAAGAACGUGUUCAAGCCGUUGUUGCUGUUUGUAAUGAGUUACAAUCGGAAAAUUAUCACGAUAUUGAUCGCAUCAUUCAACGUAAAGAAAAUGUAUUGCGUUUAUGGGCGUAUUUAUUAGAGUUACUUCGCGCUCGUCGUGGACGUCUCGAAUGCUCCAUUCAAUUACAACAAAACUUCCAAGAAAUGAUUUACAUCUUAGAUUCAAUGGAGGAAAUUAAACAACGCUUAUUAACUGAUGAUUAUGGCAAACAUUUAAUGGGUGUAGAAGAUUUACUACAGAAACAUUCUCUGGUUGAAGCCGACAUUAAUGUUUUGGGAGAACGUGUUAAACAAGUCGUGCAAAAUUCACAGCGCUUCCUUUCAGAUGAGGCAGAAGGAUAUAAGCCAUGCGAUCCAUCAAUCAUUGUCGAUCGUGUACAACAACUUGAAGAUGCUUAUGCAGAACUUGUCAAACUUGCAGUUGAACGUCGUUCACGUUUGGAAGAAAGCCGUAAAUUAUGGCAAUUCUAUUGGGAUAUGGCUGAUGAAGAGAACUGGGUUAAGGAAAAAGAACAGAUUAUGUCAUCCGGUGAAAUUGGUCAUGAUUUGACAACAAUUCAUUUAUUGUUAACUAAACAUAAGGCAUUGGAAUCAGAGAUUCAUUCCCAUGAUCCACAGUUAAUGUCCGUCGUCGCUGUUGGAGAUGAAUUGAUUAAUCAAGGUCACUUUGCAUCAGACCAAAUUAAAGAGCGUAUUAAAGAUAUAUUGGCAACAUGGAAUCAUUUACUUGAUUUGACAGCUUAUCGUCGCAAGCGAUUAGAAGAUGCUGUUGAUUACUUCCAAUUGUUUACUGAUGCAGAUGAUAUUGAUGCAUGGAUGCUUGAUACAUUACGUUUAGUUUCAUCAGAAGAUGUUGGUCGUGAUGAGGCUAACGUACAAUCAUUAUUGAAGAAACAUAAAGAUGUUGCUGACGAAUUGAAGAAUUAUGCUGAAACAAUUGACCAACUUCAUCAACAAGCAAACAAAUUGACAUUAAAUGAUGAGGAACAACAGAAAGUUAAUGAAAGAUUGGGAGCAAUUGAUACACGUUAUAAAGAAUUAUUGGAACUUUCAAAAUUACGUAAGCAACGUUUAUUGGAUGCACUCAGCUUGUACAAAUUAUUGUCAGAAAGCGAUGGUGUUGAACAAUGGAUUGGUGAGAAAGAAAAGAUGUUGAACACUAUGACACCUGCUAAAGAUAUUGAAGAUGUUGAAAUCUUAAAACAUCGUUAUGAUGGCUUUGACAAUGAAAUGAAUGCAAAUGCAUCACGUGUUGCUGUCGUUAAUCAAUUAGCACGCCAAUUGUUGCAUGUGGAGCAUCCGGAUUCGGAGCAAAUUAUUGCACGUCAAAAUCACUUGAAUGAUGAAUGGUCUCGUCUUCGUGAUAAGGCCGAUGCUAAACGCGAUGAAUUGAAUUCAGCCCAUGGUGUACAAACAUUCUAUAUUGAAUGUCGUGAAACAAUUUCAUGGAUUGAAGAUAAGAAGAGAAUCCUUACAGAAACCGAUAACUUGAAUAUGGACUUGACUGGUGUCAUGACUUUACAACGUCGUUUGAGUGGUAUGGAACGCGAUUUAGCUGCAAUUCAAGCAAAACUCACCUCAUUAGAACAUGAAGCUGAUUCCAUUGAAAAUGAUCAUCCAGAAGAAGCCGCAAUCAUUCGUGAGAAAGUUUCACAACUCACAGAAAUUUGGGAACAAUUGACACAAAUGUUAAAGGACCGUGAUGCUAAAUUGGAAGAAGCUGGUGAUUUGCACCGUUUCUUACGCGAUUUGGAUCACUUCCAAACAUGGUUGACUAAGACACAAACAGAUGUUGCCAGCGAAGAUACACCAACAUCAUUGCCAGAUGCUGAAAAACUCUUAAAUCAACAUCAAAGCAUUCGUGAAGAGAUCGAUAAUUACACUGAAGAUUACAGUAAAAUGAUGGAAUAUGGUGAAGGACUUACAUCUGAUCCAUCAACCAAUAAUGAUCCACAAUACAUGUUCUUGCGUGAACGUUUGAAGGCAUUGAAAGAUGGAUGGGAGGAAUUACAACAAAUGUGGGAGAACCGUCAAGUAUUGCUCUCACAAAGUCUUGAUCAGCAAUUAUUUAAUCGUGAUGCUCGUCAAGCUGAAGUUUUGUUAAGUCAACAAGAACAUGUCUUAAGCAAAGAUGAUACUCCAGUUAAUCUUGAACAAGCUGAAAAUCAAUUGAAACGUCAUGAAGCCUUCCUUACAACAAUGGAAGCAAAUGAUGAUAAAAUCAAUACAAUUAUUCAAGUUUCCGAUACAUUGGUUGAGAAACAACACUUUGAUGCUGAUAGAAUUCAUAAGCGUGCUGAAAAUAUUGCCCAACGUCGUGAUGCUAACCGUGAACGUGCUUUAGAACUCCACGAAAAGUUAAAGAAUCAAGUCAAGUUACAUGAAUUCUUACAAGAUUUGGAGGAACUCAAUGAAUGGGUUCAAGAGAAGAGUAUGUUGGCUCGUGAAGAUACCUAUCGUACUGCUAAGACUGUUCACAGCAAAUGGACACGUCAUCAAGCAUUCGAAGCUGAAAUUGCUGCAAAUAAGGAACGUUUACAUGAAGCUGAAAAGGCAGCUCAAGAUUUGAUGAAGGAAAAGCCAGAAUUCAAGGAAAUUCUUUCACCAAAAUUACAAGAUUUGAGCAAGCAAUUCGACAACUUGGAAGAAACAACAAAAGAAAAAGGUGAAUUGUUGUUCGAUGCUAAACGUGAGACAAUUGUUCAACAGAGUGUUGAUGAUAUCGACUCAUGGAUGGAUGAUUUAGAAAAACAAAUCGUCAACCCAGACACUGGCAGUGAUUUGACGUCAGUCAAUAUCCUAAUGCAAAAACAACAGAUAAUUAAGACACAGAUGGCACUGAAGGCCAAACAAGUCGAUGAAUUAGAAAAACAGACAGAAGUCUUAUCUCGAACGAUUCCAACAGAAAAAGUUGAACCAAUUGUUAUCAAGAAACAAAAGGUUAGCGAUCGUUUCUCCCGCAUUAAGGGACCACUUGAGGAACGCCAGAAGCAAUUGGAGAAAAAGAAGGAAGCUUAUCAAUUCCGUCGCGAUGUUGAAGAUGAGAAAUUAUGGAUUGACGAAAAGAUGCCAUCAGUAUUAUCUGAGGAAGUCGGCAAUUCACUCUUUAAUGUUCUUAUGUUGAAGAAGAAUAAUCAAACAUUAAAGACAGAAAUUGAUAACCAUGAACCACGUAUUAUGACAAUUUGCAAUAAUGGUCAGAAAUUAUGUGAUGAAGGUCAUGAAGAUGCUAGCGAAUUUGCAGACCUUAUCAGUGAAUUAACACAAAAAUGGCAAGAACUCAAGGAUGCAUUGGAUCAACGUCGCAGACGUUUAGAUAACAGCGAAAAAGUUCAGCAAUAUCUCUUUGAUGCCCAAGAAGCUGAAUCAUGGAUGAGUGAACAAGAAUUAUACAUGAUGGUUGAAGACCGCGGCAAGGAAGAAAUUUCAGCCCAGAAUUUGAUGAAGAAACAUGAAGUUUUGGAACAAUCUGUUGAAGAUUAUGCAAUAACAAUUCGUACACUCGGUGAAACAGCACGCCAAUUAACAAGUGAAAAUCACCCAUUAAGUGAGCAAGUUGCAGUUAAACAAGCCCAAUUAGAUAAGUUGUAUGCUGGUCUUAAAGAUUUAGCUGGUGAACGUCGUGCAAAAUUAGUAGAAGCAUUAGAAUUGUUCAAUUUCAACCGUGAAGUCGAUGAUUUGGAACAAUGGAUUGCAGAACGUGAAUUAGUUGCUGCAUCUCAAGAAUUAGGUCAAGAUUAUGAUCAUGUAACAUUAUUAUGGGAAAGAUUCAAGGCAUUCGCCCAAGAUACAUCAACAGUUGGAAGUGAACGAGUUGCUAAAGCAAAUGGAUAUGCUGAUGAAUUAAUUCAUGCUGGACACUCUGACUCUGCAGUCAUUGCUGAAUGGAAAGACAACUUGAAUGAAUCAUGGCAAGAUUUAUUAGAACUCAUUGAAACUAGAACACAAAUGCUUGCAGCUUCACGCGAAUUACACAAAUAUUUCCAUGAUUGUAAGGAUGUUUUAAGCAGAAUAUUAGAAAGACAACACGGAGUUUCUGAUGAAUUGGGUAGAGAUGCUGGUUCAGUUUCUGCAUUACAACGUAAACAUCAAAACUUUAUCCAAGAUUUACUCACACUUCAAUCACAAGUACAGCAAAUUCAAGAGGAAUCAGCUAAAUUACAAGCUUCAUAUGCUGGUGAUAAGGCACGUGAAAUUACAAACCGCGAGCAAGAGGUUCUUCAAGCAUGGGCUAAUCUUCAAGGAAUGUGUGAUUCACGACGCAACAAAUUGUCAGACACUGGCGAUUUAUUCAAAUUCUUCAAUAUGGUGCGCAUUUUAAUGUUAUGGAUGGAAGACGUUGUACGUCAAAUGAACACAAGCGAGAAGCCAAGAGAUGUAUCUGGAGUUGAAUUACUAAUGAAUAAUCAUCAAAGCUUGAAAGCUGAAAUCGAUACACGCGAAGACAAUUUCAGUGCUUGCUUAGCACUUGGAAAGGAACUUUUGGCACGUAAUCACUACGCAUCUAAUGAAAUUAAGGAUCGCUUACUGCAACUUACAAAUAGCCGCAAUGCUUUACUAAACAGAUGGGAGGAAAGAUGGGAGAAUUUGCAAUUAAUUUUGGAAGUCUACCAAUUCGCAAGAGACGCAGCAGUUGCAGAAGCAUGGUUGAUUGCACAAGAACCUUACCUGAUGUCGUCAGAGCUAGGUCACACUAUCGAUGAAGUCGAAAACCUUAUCAAGAAACACGAAGCAUUCGAAAAAUCAGCUGCCGCACAAGAAGAAAGAUUCAGUGCACUUGAGCGAUUGACUACGUUUGAGCUCAAAGAAAUGAAGAGAAGACAAGAAGCAGCAGAAGAGGCUGAACGUCAAAGAUUACAAGCUGAAGCUGAUGCAAAGAGAGCUAAAGAAAUAGAGGAGGAAGAGUUGAGACGUCAAGAGCAAGCAGCAAAGGAUCAAGCUGAUUCAGGAUCACCUAACGAGGAAACUGUUGAAAUUAAAGAAGAUGAACUUCAAGAGAUUCCACCGUCACCCUCGACGCCGACUGGUAUUCUUAAGAAGCCUUCGUCAAUUCCUCAGGCACAGAGUGUAUAUAAGUCAUAUCGCCCAAGCCCAGCAGGAGAAGAUGGAGUUAUUGAAGGAACAUUAGUUAGAAAACACGAAUGGGAAAGUACUACAAGGAAGGCAUCAAACAGAUCAUGGGAUAAGAUUUAUGUUUUGUCAAAGAAUGGACGAGUUUCAUUCUACAAAGAUCAAAAGUCAUCAAAGAGUCAGCCAGAACAAACAUUCCGUGGUGAGCCUGCUCUUGAACUUCUAGGCGCAACAGUAGAAAUUGCAAAUGACUACACAAAGAAGAAGCAUGUCUUUAGAAUUAAAUUAUCAAGUGGAGCCGAGUUCUUGCUUCAAGCACAUGAUGAUUCCGAGAUGCAACAAUGGGUUGGUUCAUUAAAGGCACAAUGCGAUCAAACGGGUACAGACAGUCGUUCACAAACAUUACCAGCAUCGUCACAGAAAGAUGAACCAAAACGAAGAUCGUUCUUUACAUUGAAGAAAAAGUAAGCAUCUUUGUGAAUGCUAAAAUCAGGCGUGUGGUUUUGUUUUUUUCUUGUAUUGGUUUUUAUUCCUUUAUUUUCCUCUACGUCUUGUAAUGUACGAAUGCAAAAAUCUAUCAUGUAUAAUGAAGCAAAGUCAAAACAAAUUUGUAGCUUGAAAAAUUUGUAUUAUUAUUUUAAUUUUUAUGGGUUUUUUCUUUCAAUUUAAACGAAGAAAAUGAAUGCUUAUGUAUUGGUUUUAUUAAGUAUAAUUUAAGAUUUUUUUAUAAUCCUGCCCAAAGACAGAAAUGGCUUAUACACAUUACACGUUACUCAUAUUAAUAUUGUUAUGAAAAACACAAACAUAAAAAUUAUAUUAUUAAAUUAAACCUGUCAUUUGCCACAAGUGGGAGUAAUUGCAAUAUUGUUAUCAUCUUUUUGCCUUCUUUUGAGUCAUGAGAAUAGCUCACUAAUGGCACUUUUAAAUUUGAGUCAUAUCAAAAACUUUUGAUGUGAUUUGAAUGUAAUUGGUAAAUUAAAAUUAUGCUUAUUGGUAAACAUUCAGUUCCAAUCAAUGCGAGAAAGUAUUCAUUAGUUGAUAAUCUUUAUUUUCCUUUUAUAUUAUCAAACAAAAACAUAUUGACUUUAUUUUUCUUACUAAAAUAUUAUGAGAUUGAAAGUCAAUAAAAUUACUUACAAUCGCAUUCUUUAUUCAUUAACAUUCAUUUGAUUUGAUUUUAUAAUUUAUACACUUUGUAUAUUUUUUUGGUUUCUAGAUAGAUGGAAUCAAUUUGCAUGCAUAAUUGGCUAUAAUCAAUUAAUUUUUUAAUUUUCAUAAAGAUACUAAUCAAAAAAGCAUGAAAUUAACACACACAAAAAAAAUUUGGCUGAGUGCAAAAUUUGUAGAAAGCAUAUCCGAGUAGUUUACACUAUGACUGUGUGCACCACUUGAAUUAUCAAGUGAUUGUCGCAUGAAUGGACGUGGAAAUUACUCGGAUAUUUUGUAGUGACUAACCGAAUUCAUUCAAAAUUUAUAAUUUGAUUCCUUCUUUUAUUUAAUUUCAGUUAAAAUUAAUCAAAAAUUUAAGAUUAACAGAAUAUUAAUUACAAAAAAUAGUAAAUGUUUCACAUAGAAAUUACAUUAAAAAAAGUUUAUAAUGAGAAAUAAAAAAAAAUUAUUGAGGACCCGAUCUGAUCGAACAGAGAACAUUAACAUGCAAGAUUUACACAAUCCACAAAUAAAAACAUUUAUAUGACACGACAAGAAACUUUAAUUCUAAUAAACUACUAAUCCUCGAGAAAUUAAAAGGAUCCAACGAUCGACAUUAAUGAUGGGCAAAAAAGAUUUUUCGGAUAAUGAAUGAGACAUUCAUCAAAAAAAAAGAAAGAAAAUUAAUUAAAAUAAAUAUUGUUCAAAAUUUAUUUUUUUAAAAAGUUUUUUCUUGCAACACAAAAUGAAAAUUAAAAUCAAAUUCUAUUUAUGAGGAAUAGUAAAACAAAAAAGAGUCAGCAUAAUAAUUCAGCUAAGAAACAAUGAGCAUCAAUUUUUUGAAUGACGAUGAAGAAAUUAAAGAAAUGAAAAACUUCUUUAAUAUUAAUGCUUAUAAGUUAUAACUAAAUAAAGAGUUGCUAUUUAUAUUUAAAAAAAAUUGAAAGAUGAUAUUGAAGAUGUUCGCCUCCCGCAUCACUGGUUGUUGAAUACUAUCCAUCAAAUUUCAUUUCUUAUGAAAAGAAAAUUUGAUUUCUUGUUCCAACAGCAACAGUGUAGCUUUUUGAAUAUACAUUUUAAUAGAAUUAUAAUGGAUGAAUCAUAUUUUCUAAUUCUUAAAAAUAUGAUGCUAUCAACUUCUCCAGACAACAAGCAUUCACUUGAAAACUUAUAAAAGAGCAGAUAAUAUAGCCAGUGAAUAAUAAAAAUCAGAGAAAAAAAGAGAUAAAGAAAUUUAGUAUAUAGUGCUUUUACAUUUUUUUAAAACUUAAUUUAGAGCUCUUGGUGGAUUUUGAAAGAUAUCCAAAAGUAUUUUCCAAAAUCUCACCGAGGAUAUUCUGAUGCUUAAGAUAUAUCUUCCAAUUUUUGGUGACAUUCUUAAGCAUUCUGGAAUAAUUUGUUCAUUUAAAAAUGCUACAUUUAUCACACGUGUAAUUUAUAAUCUAUUAAAUGUAUUAUUUCAUCAUCACUACAUCUCUAUAUACACAUUAUAUGAAGAAGAAAAAUUUUAGUCGCUUUUUUGUUUCCUUUUUUUAAAACAUUUUAUUUCUUUUUUUGUCAUUUUAUUGAAUUAGGCAAUAAAGAUAUCUAUAUAAUAAAUUAUGAAAAAAAAACAUUAUUCUUUGUAUUUAUCUCAAUUGUGCGCCUUAAUUUCCAUAUAACAAGCAAAAAAUCAUGAAUAUGAGAAAGAAAAAA